AUGAAGUUUCUAGUUACAUUUUCGCUCUUGGUUUGCUUGAUUGCGUCCAGUCAGGCGCAGUUUGGAGGCGGUGGCGGUGGACCAGUGGGCGGCGGCGGUGGAGGACCAAUAGGGGGUGGUGGUGGAGGUCCAAUAGGUGGCGGCGGAGGUGGUGGUCCAAUAGGUGGAGGCGGAGGUGGCGGUCCCAUUGGAGGAGGAGGCGGUGGUCCUUUUGGUGGUGGCGGCGGCGGCGGUAGAAGAUAA